AUGAAGACCUCUCUGUCUCAGACUCUGUGUCCAGAGUGUGAUGAAGUCCUCUCUGUCUCAGACUCUGUGCGGCUGGUUGGAGGCUCUGGUCUCUGCUCUGGAUCACUGCAGAUCUGGGACCGGUCCUGGGUCUCGGUCUGUGAAGGGGCCUUGGACCUGAGGGGAGCAGAGGUGCUGUGCAGGGAGCUGGGCUGCAGGGGUCCUUCUGUCCUCCAGGGGGAGCUCUCUUCUCUGGGGCAGACGUUCCACUGUGAAGGCCAUGAGUCUGCUCUGGUGGACUGUCCCCGCUCCAGACCCAAGACCUGUCCCUCUGGACCCAGUGAGGACGUCAUCUGCUCAGAGCCGCUCAGGCUGGUGGGAGGGGCCAGUCGCUGCGCCGGGACAGUGGAGCUCAGACUCAGAGGAGAGUGGAGACGAGUGGGGAAGGAUUAUGGAGACUGGACCGAGGAGGACUCAGCUGCUGUGUGCAGAGAUCUGGACUCUGUCUGCAUGAAGAGGAGGAAGACUAAAGUGAGAGACUGUGUUUAUGACUUCACUGUCUCCUACACGUAUGGUGUGGAGGUGAUGUGUUCAGACUUACUGAACCGUCCAGUCCUGUCCCUCUCUGUGACUGUGGGGGCCUCCCAGGUCCAGGACUCCCAGGUCCAGGUCCAGGACUCCCAGGUCCAGGUCCAGGACUCCCAGGUCCAGGUCUCCCAGGUCGGGGUGCAGGUCGUGCGUGUGCAGUUGGGGUCUCAGUUCUCGGUCCAGUGCUCGGUGAAGCCUCAGUUCCCAGGAGGCUCCUUCCAGCUGCUCUCUCCCUCUGGGAACCACACCCUGCCUGCUGUCAAUCACUCUGCACACUUCCUGUUCAAUCACACUGGCCCCGCCCACAAAGGAGACUACACCUGUGUUUACCACCUACAGGUGUUCGGCCACAGCUUCACCUCCGAGAGCGAGAGACUGGAGCUGAGGCUGGGAGUUCAAAGGUUUAACCCGAUCAUCAGAGUCCUGAUUAUUCUACUGAUGACUCUCCUGUUCAUCCUGCCACUGUGCUACUACUGCUACAAGGGCCCAGAGGGAGGGGAGCGACCCAGGGGAGAGGGCCCAGAGGGAGGGGAACGACCCAGGGGAGAGAGCCCAGAGGGAGGGGAACGACCCAGGGGAGAGGGCCCAGAGGGAGGGGAACAACCCAGGGGAGAGGGCCCAGAGGGAGGGAGCGACCCAAGGGAGAGGGCCCAGAGGGAGGGGAGCGACCCAGGGGAGAGGGCCCAGAGGGAGGGGAGCGACCCAGGGGAGAGGGCCCAGAGGGAGGGGAGCGACCCGGGGGAGAGGGCCCAGAGGGAGGGGAGCGACCCAGGGGAGAGGGCCCAGAGGGAGGGGAGCGACCCAGGGGAGAGAGCCCAGAGGGAGGGGAGCGACCCGGGGGAGAGGGCCCAGAGGGAGGGGAGCGACCCGGGGGAGAGGGCCCAGAGGGAGGGGAGCGACCCGGGGGAGAGGGCCCAGAGGGAGGGGAACGACCCGGGGGAGAGGGCCCAGAGGGAGGGGAGCGACCCGGGGGAGAGGGCCCAGAGGGAGGGGAGCGACCCGGGGGAGAGGGCCCAGAGGGAGGGGAGCGACCCGGGGGAGGCCCGGAAGAGGAGAGAGGAGGAGACGGACCAGGAGAGGAGAGAGGAGGAGACGGACCAGAAGGAGAGGAGAGAGGAGGAGACGGACCAGAAGGAGAGGAGAGAGGAGGAGACGGACCAGGAGAGGAGAGAGGAGGAGACGGACCAGAAGGAGAGGAGAGAGGAGGAGACGGACCAGAAGAGGAGAGAGAAGGAGACGGACCAGGAGAAGAGAGAGGAGGAGACGGACCAGGAGAGGAGAGAGGAGGAGAGGGAGCAGGAGAGGAGAGAGGAGGAGACGGACCAGAAGGAGAGGAGAGAGGAGGAGACGGACCAGAAGGAGAGGAGAGAGGAGGAGACGGACCAGGAGAGGAGAGAGGAGGAGACGGACCAGGAGAGGAGAGAGGAGGAGACGGACCAGGAGAGGAGAGAGGAGGAGAGGGAGCAGGAGAAAUGA